GACGGCGUGAGGGAAAGUUACCCGUGGUGCUCUCCUAGCUUGCACGCACGAAACCGACAGACGGGCAAUGGAGGCAAAGAGAAGGAAGACAGCGCUUCACCCGAGGGUUUCACCUGCGAACAACACUGUUGCAGGCCCCGCGGCUGCAGGGACGGGGGUUCCGUUGGUUUUUCUCCUGGUACUGAUUCUUGGUACCUCCGCUGCUGCAGCUCUGGAGUGUACGGACGAUUUGCCGGUCCACGAUGGGAGUGUUCUCUCACUGAGUAUAUUCUGCUCCGUCACUGAGCUCACUCCCACAAUCACUGUCACUGACCCUGACAUCGAAUUCUUGGACUUCUUGGUCUUCUCUGACGUGUCGUGCGUACUCCCAAACGGAACAGAGCAAAACGAUGAGUUUCUCGACCAGACUUUGAUCAGUGAUCCAGAAUAUGCAGACACCAUUCACCACAGCUAUCCUCUGGGGACCAUUUGCCAUGUUACCGGCUGCUACACUGACUUUGUUGAUCAGUCACAAAAGGCACUGCAGAACGCAUCCUGCACUGUCUCACAGCCGCCCUCUCCUGUAAUGUCUACUCCAACUCUUCCCUCCUCCUCUCUCUCCCCAUCCACCAGUCACCCCCCGCCAUCUCGUCCCAUCCUCACAACAACAGCCACUGUGUCUUCUUCCCCUUCCAUACUCCCUUCUUCCACACUUCAAGUCCUUGCGUCGUCUCUCUCUACUUCCGCAAAAGGAGCUCAGUCACCUCUUCUAGCUGCCAUAGUAGCAUGUGUGGCAGUAUCACUCGCUCUCCUCUGCAUUCUGCUGCUCGUGGUCGGCUGGUAUCACUCACGCACACACCGGAAAAUAAUCAAAGUUGGAGCAAACAACUGGAGAACAGAGGGCCUCAAAAGUGACUAUCUUCCGGUGGACCUCUGCAAGCCACUGGUUCCUGUCUUCACCUCUCACGAGAGCCUCAUAAACAACCUGUACACCCCUGAACCAACGUCCCGUCACUCCCUAACUCCCGCCCCAUUACCUCUGACUGGUCAGCCAGCCCAGCCCCCCACCGAAGCAACCACAGAUAGACAAACACAUCACAACUCCUUCCUCCGUGAGCUGUCGCCCGUCCGUGAAGGUGAGGUGGGAGGAGGAGGAGAAGAGUGGCGAGACAGUGGGUGUCGGGGAGGUGACCUCGUCUGGUGGUGCCACUUCGAGUGGCAACACAUCAGGUUACAGCACCGGGUCCGGUGACUCUGACAACCAGCAGCAUGAAUCCGGUUCUGUUGAGGAACAUGCAAAACGUCAACCAGACGGACUAAAGAUGGAAUCAGAUCUAGACAUCCCUACUACUUCGUCAAGUGUCAUUCCAACAAACUCUGACUCUAGUACUAGAUGUGAGCUGGUAGAAGCAGCAAAUCUUCUUACUAGUGAGACAGAAACAGCGGACGAGUCUCCUCUCGCCACAUCUUCCACACAUGACACCACAGAAAUGAAACAAACUCUCCCCGAACCGUCUCUGGCUGAUGGAAGAGAAGAUAAGGGUUCUACUUCAGCAUUCGAACAGACUAGAGAUUCCACCGCUGAAGCUAGCAACACGUCCAACAGCCCCAACUCUAGCGCUUCCCUGACUUGCCAAGAAAAACUAUCCACCAUUGAGUGCAAACAGGCAGUGGAGAAAACAGAAGAAAAUCCAAUUGCAUCACUUCAGGAUGACGAGGACAGAGUAGGAAACCAUCAAUCACUUAGUAAAGAAGACACACCACAAGGCACUGCCGUUGAGGAGGAGGCUACGUUUGAAACAGACCUACCGCCUACCCCCACGGCGUCCGAACAACAAAGAGCCCGACUCCUCUUCAGCUAUCUCCGGAGAACUAGUGCAGCGCGGGGUUCUUUCCACCAGUGCAGCGCAAGCAGCCCUUCCUCCUCGGGCAACGGCUCCGGAUCGCUUGUAGACUAUGCAGGCUACCUUCACCUUUAAAGCUCUCUCUUACAACAUCAACCUAUCGCCGGUUUACAGGGGCUGCCCCUACUAAUAUUAACUGGCUGAUUGGUUCUCAUACUGGUUUAUUUACGAGGAUCACCAUGUAUACAGAGCAGACAUUUUUAAGCGUAACUAUUAUCACUUUGGGAAAGAUCAAGAUAUCAUCUACCCAUCACAGCAUAGCAUUCACCACAUGUUUUUUUAAUUCACUUUUCAUUCCUUGUUAGAACUUUUCACUAGUCGGAGUAAGAUUAUUUUUUAUUUUUUUUCUGUCACCUCAUCUUUUCUUCUUCUUGCCUUGAUGAUGGUAUAUACCUGUACUGAAACGUUGGCUUGUAUAUAAAGUUUUUUUA